AUAAAAAGACUCCCUAGGGAAUAAGUCAUAAAACAGGAUACAAAUACAAUAUUAAUAUUAAUGAGAGGGUUUUGGUUAUUGUGUAGACCCCGUGGUAUCCUCGGAUAAGUGUGUUUAUUUCCUUCAAAUUAGGGAAAGUUUAAUAAUUUGAAGUUUCUUGUUCAAUGAACAUAAUCAUUUAGUAGUUCGCCCUGUUCAAAGUUUGUAAACAAUCUCAAAAGUAAUUUCAUUAUCGCGUUGGAAGCCAUUGAAAAUUAUGUGAUGAGCUUGACCGACAUAACCGCAAGUCAGCGAAGCACAAAGCCCACCAAUCAGCGCAAGAAAACAGGACCACCUCAAAAGAUGAAUAGCGAAUUCCUAAAGAAAGUGAGCUUUUGACCCCAGGGCUUGAAUUGAAUACUUUUGAAUAGAUUUUGACAACGUUUUGUUUACCGUACUGUGAAGGCAUCUCAAGAGUAGCAAAUGUGCUGUUUUGUCGGCGUGUGGAAAAAGAAGAUAACGUAGACUGUCGGCGGACUCGUGCGAAUCGUCUUCUUUUUCUAAGCAGUCUUUAAGAAGUGUGAAAAGGCUCUAAUCCAUGGAUGAACAAACCCCAUGUUUGGGAUAAACGAGAUGAGCCUAAAUGAAACCUGCUUUGACGGCUUGACAAAUACUUCAACAGUCCAUCGCUGUAGUACUACGGACACGCCACCUCUCAGUCCCCUGACGAUUGGCUUGAUCCUGGAACCUGCCAUUGUGCUUGUUGUUUUGGGGAAUCUUCUUGUAUUGGUAUCUUUACGUUGUCAAAGAAACCUCAUAGUUACCGACGUAUUAUUGUUUUCGCUAUCCUUGGCGGAUUUUGUGGAUGGAUUGAUCCCCCUUCAGAUCGUCAUAUUUAUGAAUUAUUUCGUCCAGCAGCCUUGGGCUAAGAGUCUGUGCGACGCUUUUGUUAUCAUUGUCAACACCAUGCGUUUCGCCUCAGCUGGAACAGUUACUAUCAUCGCCCUGGAAAGAACAUUUUUAAUCGUCUCCCCUCUAAAGUAUCACACUACUGUCACAAUUUCUAAAGCCAAAAAGCUCGUUGCAUUGCUAUGGAUUAUUUCAAUAUUUUUCGGUAUUUUACCAUUCUUGAACGUUGGACAUUCUGGCUAUCACGAUGGAAAUUGUCUAUACCAAUUGUACGAUUUGGGGACGGAGUACGCCAUCGUAAUACUCGCGUUUUCCUUUCUCUUACUCGCCGUGGUCUUAUCUUGUUAUGUAGCGGCUAAAUUAUCUAGUCUAAAGUUCAUCAAACGGCAAAGUGACAUGGUGGAAAAACUAGCCUCUGAUGCCUCCAAGCUUGCGCUAGUCAUGGGAGUAGCGAAAAAUGACAGAACAAAGAGAAAGAUUUCUCCGAAACACCUUGCCAAAGUACCCCGUUCUCAGGGCGUCAUAGAAGUGAGAAAACUCACAAUCAUGCUGGCGGUUGUGAUUAUUCUGUAUUACAUAAGCUGGCUUCCAAUAUUGGUAAAUAAUAUUGUGACGCUCAUUCGGAAUGAAGAGUCGCCCCACUCGCUUGUACUAUUCACGGGAAUGAUUUCUUUGUUGUACGCGCUUUGUAACCCUUUCCUUUACGGCAAGAUGAACGCCCGCUACAGACGCGGGUAUCAACACGCUGUUGGCUCUGUACUUGGGCUGUGUGGCCUCCGACCCGCGUCGUGGAGAAUCCGAAAAAUAAGUAGAACAUCAUUCCCCAGUCAAGCCGAGUUUUCCCUCACAAAACAACGGAUCAGCACAGUCACACAACCAGUCAUGAGUGCGCUUGCCCAAACUACCGACAUCGCUGGACAAGUCUGCUUCAGUGGGCGCAGGAACGCGGGGUAUGACGAGGACAAAACAAGUUUACAGUCAAACAGAAGCGACCUGUCAGAAGACAAAACAAGUUUACAGUCAAACAGAAGCGACCUAUCAGAGAAGGACGAUGGUGUAUUUGAUACCUACUUGUGAACAUGGAGAACUUCAAAGAAGUCUCGAAACGAAGCCAUCAUCUUCUUUACCGGAAAAGAGCCCAUUCCAGUCAACACCAGCAAAGCAUAGUUUAGAAGCAGUUCUUCCCAGUGCAAAUGAAGUCGAUUGUUUCAUAUUCAUUUUGAUGCAUUUGCAUUUGGCACGGAACAUGAAAGAACGGCUUCUAAACUAGGCCUAAUAGUAGGCGUACUUUUUUCUUCUUCUGUAUUUAUAACUUUUCCACCCAAUAAACGAAAACGGAGAAGUGUAGACUUAA